GUGCAUUUUGUAUGAUUGAAUUUCUUUCAUCUAUACACUAUUCGAUCCUCUUCUCAUCAUCACCCCUACCGCUCAGCUUACUGAAUCAGAUAGCUAGCUAAUGGGUUCAGAAACCGCCGCCGUCGCCCCACUCAAGAUUCCGCUGAUAGAUUUCACCCAAACGUCGCCGCUGAAACAUGGCAGCCGUGAAUGGGACUCCCUCAAGUCUCAAGUUCGUGAAGCAGUCGAAGAAUAUGGAUGCUUCGAGGCAUCGUUCGACGAGAUUCCAGCUGACAGCCUGAGCGCGGUGUUUAAGUCGGUGAAAGAGCUGUUCGACCUGCCUCUGGAGACCAAACUAAAGAACACCUCCAAGAAACCGUUGCACGGUUAUGUCGGACAGUACCCUAUCCUUCCGCUCUACGAAAGCAUGGGGAUCGAAGAUGCCGAUGUUCUUGAAAAGGUUGACGGCUCAACCAAGUCGCUUUGGUCCCACGGAAACCCAGCUUUCAGCGAGAGCAUCGUGUCCUACACAAAACGGCUUUCGGUACUUGAUCAAAUGGUAAGGAGAAUGAUCGUCGAGAGCUUUGGGCUCGAGAAGUACGUGGAUGAACACCUCAAGUCCACAAUUUACCUGCUGAGGAUGAUGAAAUAUAAAGCGGCUCAGACGUGUGACGAAGAACAAGGAAUGCAUCCCCACACUGACAAGGACAUGAUCACCAUAUUGUACCAAAAUGGAGUGGACGGACUGGAAGUGAAGAACAAAGCUGACGGGCAGUGGAUUAAGUGCCAAUUCUCUCGCCCCACCUCCUUCCUCGUUCUAGUUGGUGAUUCUCUUUAUGCGUGGCUGAAUGGACGAGUUCAUUCUCCGGUUCAUCGAGUCACGAUGUCGAGGAGCGAGACGAGAUACUCCCUGGGUUUAUUCGUCGUCCCAAAAGCUGGCUACGUAGUCAAAGCUCCCGAUGAAAUGGUUGACGAACAGCAUCCGCUGUUGUUCAAGCCUUAUGAUUUUGUGGAGUUUUUUAAGUUCUACGACACUGAGGCUGGCCAGAAAUCAGCAAAUGCCUUGCGUGAAUACUGUGGGGUUUGAAAUGUUGUUCACGAUCGAUGAAUGAAAUGUGUGUUUUAUAUGCAAAAGUGCUGUAAUAAGUUAUGGGUUGUCCAAAACUAAAUGUCAGCUAUGUACUGCAUUAGGUUGUUGAGAUUUGGGUCAAUCUUUUGAUCACUUGCCAGUUUGUAUUGUAGCUCUUACAAGAAGACCAAAAUGUUCAAUAAAGGAGGCAAGGAAUAAUUCGCUGGCUGCCUUUUGAAGCGAAGUCAAGCUUCUUCUUAAUCUCGGUGUCAAUUUUUCUCUUUCUCGCAAUGUACAU